AUGCGCGUGUACGUAUGCGUAGGCGAGAGUGUGAGCCAUCUUCAAGCUGCUGGCCCUCCCAGAGCUGUGACUGAACUGCAGAAGACUCAGUUGACUCUUAGCCAAUUCGUGUCGUUUAUUUUGCGUCUUAUCUCUAAUUGCAUACUAACAACACCUGGUGACUUGGAAGGCCUCUGCAAACUUGAUGUUCUAGCUUUUAUAAAUCUUACCACUGAGGUCGCCAGCCCUCUUCCGGAAAAUGCCUCGGAACACACACAAGUCGCUAAAAUCACCGUGUCUGUCUCACCUCAUGCUUUGCUGCUUGGAGAUCCAGUGAUCAUUAAUGCCAAUCCUGCAGCCCAUCCAUUUGUGCUGUCGCGUAGUUCCACGCACCAGUGGGGAUUAUUCACCACUGGAGUCCCCAAGCUGGACUUUGAGGUGGUGUCCUUGUAUUCCCUGAUGAUCCAUGCCCGAGACACGCAGGGGGCCACAGCGUUGCAGACCAUUUCAAUCCAGAUUGCAGAUGUGAAUGAGCCACCUGCUUUCACUGGAUCGCUUGCCCGGGAAGACCAAGUUACUGAGAUUUAUAUCCUUGAAGACACUGCCCCGGGCACGGUCAUUUACAGAGCAGCCGCCAAGGACCCAGAGGAUGCUGUUUUGGAGUACUUCAUUUCCCCGGAGGGCGUUGGCUUCAUGAUUGACAGCACUGGAACUGUUUCCACAGCCGCAGCUUUUGAUUUUGAGAGUAAAGCCAGAAGCUUUUCACUGGUUAUUAAAGUGGUUGAUCUUGGAGGACUGUUCGCUGCUGGAAAUCUGAAGGUUUUCCUUGUUAAUGUCAACAACAAAGACCCCAUUCUGACAUGCAGUUUAUUCAGGACUGAAAAUGCUAUCUCAAGUAUUAUUUCCAUCAACUCAACUCUGCACCAUCAAGUCAACUUUACACUGGAUGAAGAAGUUCCAAUUGGGAAAACAGUUGGAAGAUGCAAGGCAACUGAUGACGAUAACCUGGGAGACUUAACUUUUGAACUAGAUCCCUGGAAUGCUUACUUUAAAGUGGACAAGGAGCACGGAACUCUGGUUACAGCUGCCCGUCUGGACGUGGAGCAAACUGGUUUUGCAAGUGUUCAGUGGUUCUCUGUUAAGGCUUGUGACCGUGACCGGAGAUGUGCAGCAAUUACAGUGACUGCCUAUAUCCACGGCAUUAACGACAACUCCCCUUUCUGUGAUCAGUAUCUGAUUAGGUACACAGGCAAGGAAGUGAUUGCGAAGGGCACAGUGGUGGCAAAGCUCAGGUGCCAUGAUCUGGAUGAGCCUCCGGAUACGAUCCAUUACGCUCCUGUCUCAGGCCCGCUGGGCUCUGGACGAAUCUUCGAGCAAGUGCCAAAUGCUGACAAUUUCAUCCAGGUUUCCAGAGAUGUGGAUUAUGAGGACCCAGAGAUGAUUGCAGCUGGUCACAUCUAUGAGCUGGUGGUUUCAGUGUUUGAUGACUCGCAUCCCUCUCAUACAGUCACUGUGACCAUCAUUGUGGUGAUUACUCCGACCAAUGAUUUCAGCCCUGUGUUUAAAGCUACGCACUACUCCUUCUUGGUGCCAGAAACAUCAGGAGCUUUCCACAAAGUUGGGAGAGUGAUGGCCUUUGAUGAAGACUACCCAUUCAACUGUGUGACCUACCAGAUAACCAGUGGAGACAUCCAGGGUAUGCAGAGAUUCUGGAUUCACCCUCUGUCGGGGGUGAUUGAACUUACCACGCAGCCAGACUAUGAGACCAUGAAGCAGUAUAACCUCACUGUGGAGGCUGUGGAUUGUGACCGAGUUCAUCCUCGCACAGGGACCACCGUGGUCACUGUUGACAUCCAAGAUGAGAACGAUGAAGCACCUGUCUGCACACCCUAUCUGUUUAAGGCAGUUAUUUUUGACAACGUGAUCGCCGGGACAAACGUCAAUGGCUUCAAUCUAAACUGCCAUGACAGAGAUUCGCAUGAUUUUGAAAUGCGCUUUGAGAUAGUUUCUGGAAAUGAGAAUCAUCAUUUUGGAUUUGACCCAACUCGGGGCUCAAAUACACCAAGAUUAAUUGUAAAGAAUCCUUUUCGCUUUGAAUCUGGAGCUGAUCGGCGGCGUCAGUACCAUCUCGUGGUGCAUAUCAUUGAUGACAACCUGAAAUAUGGCAAAUCAGUCCAGCCCAGGACAGGCACCGCUGUUAUAGACGUUUAUGUGACAAGAGCCAGGACGCCACUUUCUUCAACCAGUUCUGAACACAGGAAAGGUCUGACCAUUGUGUACACAGCUAUCAACACGUACAAAUCCAGUGACUGGUACAUCCCUUUCAUCUUCACUCUGAUGGCUCUGUUUUGUGCUGGGCUGGUUUCCUGGGUAGGUUUCCUACUUUGGAGAUGUGGCAAUGUUAAGGAAUGCUGCCAGAGCACGGCUAAGGAAGUUUCCAAGCCUCAUGCCAAAGAGAUGAAUUAUAUUGCAGGAGAUGCAAGCCAAAAGGAAACGACUAUUAAAAUAAGCAGAAAUAAAAAGUUGGAAGAAUUAACAGAAACUAUUGUAUUUGAGACUGUGUUUGAUGGAGAAGCUGUUGAUCCAGUGUCUGGGAAUGUAUAUGAAUUUAACAGCAGAACAGGUGCAAGAAAGUGGAAGAAGCCACUGAGGCACCAGCAGGAGUCUGUGGCAAACAUCUACCUGCUCCCAGAUGCCUAAGAUGCUUUCAGAUGCUUAAGGAGUCUGUAUCCUUAAAAAUGCCCAUGCAAUGAUAGGAUUUUCCCAUGUCCCUGAGUGAUGACUGUUUUGUGUAUGUGUGACUGCCACAGGCAUUUUGACUUGACUACCUAAGAUUAGAUUACCAUUAUGAGGUCAACUGUGUUGUGACUGUUCAUAACUUUUGUUCUGUGACCUUCCUGUUUAGGGCUGUGGGGAAAGACAACAGUAGUGAACUUUGAGUGCCUAAAUGUGUUUUGCUGAAAAUUAGAGAAUAAAUAGACAUGGCUUUAUUGUGUUACUUUGCCCAAAAAACGUCCAAGUCAUCAUACCAAAGACUUUGUUCUGCUUGCUGCAAUGGCCCUAGCACAGGCUGGACCCAGUGAGGACUUCAUUGUUUCAGAGAAUAAAUGAAUUUGAAUCUAUGAAUUUA